AUGUCUGCUGCCAGUCAACUCGACUCAGAUGAAGACAAUUUUGUCGAGCCAGCCGAAGAUGAGCAGGAACCGCCGGUCGAUAAGCGUUUGAGGCACAGCCACGCCAACGUCUACGAUGCGGUAGCUGGUCGCGUCAAUCGCCGUGGUAUCGGCAUACGCCGGCUAGAUGCCUCUCAAUACCGUGAUACGACUUCGUCAACCGCCCGAAGUUUACGCCCCGAGGAGCUUCUCUUUCGUCGGCAUAACAAGCCUGUCGAAUCAAUCGAGGACCAAAAUUACUUUGCGCACGAGACUUUACCAUCUGAUAAGGCUCUGCCGAGCUCCGAGCUCCUUGAGACGAUACAUGCGUACGCGGCCGAUUAUUACCAAUACGCCACAGCAGAUAACGGCAAAGAUGACAUACAAACCAUGGACGAGACGGCAUUGCUUGCAAUGGGGAUUCUAAUCGAAGAGAUGGCCAAAGAAGAACUAGGCGAGACAGGGGAUCUGGCUUUAGUUGAAGGACACGAGCUGUCGGAGGAAGAGGAUGCGAAGACCGGUGGCGAGAGCGAUACCACAACCCAAUCAGCCACGCGAGUUGCACGGAGGAAACGCGCCAAUAGCGGUGUCCGGAAAGGAUCAAAACGACGCAAAUUGGCUCGUUCUAGCUCUGCUAUAACGGAUUUGGAUACCGAGGGUGACGACUGA